GAGAAGUACAACAUGCGAUUAAAGCAAAGCAUAGAGGAAUAUUUGAAGAAUUCGACGCUGCAUGGCGCUCGCUUUAUAGUGGACAAAGAUGCCAACUGGCUGGAACGCAUCUUUUGGGGUAUCUGUUUGGUUGCCUCGUGGUAUGCCUCCUGGCUGCUCAUCAAGGCAUCAUUGGCUGCCUUUGAGAACAAUGCUAUUAGCUUUGUGGUGGAGAGCUCGUAUCGCGAUUGGGACACCAAUUUUCCGGCCAUCAUUGUGUGUGAAUCGAAGAACAUGGAUCGCAUACAAGAAGUCGCUGAACAACUGUGGGGCGCUGAUCAUGACUUCACUUUGGAAGAAGUGCUCAGUGAAAUUGCCUUCUUUCGCGGUGAAUCCUAUCACACGGUGCAUGAGUGUGGCGGUGAGGAUUCGACUGCCACCUGUUUUUAUUCGAAUUUCUCAUACUAUGCUCAAUUGGUGAGAAGCAGCUGUGUUGACUCGAUUCGUAGCUGCGAGUGGAAUAAUAAACCCUUCGAGUGCUGCAAGUAUUUUCAACGCAUGGAAACUGAGUUGGGCAUUUGCUACGCCAUCAACUCAAUGCAGGCAGGCAAGAACAAUGGCCCUAAACUCAAUAUGUAUUCCAAUCGUUAUACAGGACCAGGUUCUCUCAAAAUGGAGCUGCUCACAGAGGCAACUGUUUUCAUACUGGGAACCGAAGAGGUGCCCACUCUGGUAACACCCAAAACGGAUUUUCUUGUCGUUGGACCUUACAUCUCCUUUGUUCGCUAUGUAUCGAAGCGAGACAUUGAGAAUGAUGAGGCGAUUCGUGAGACGAGUGUGCAUCAGAGAAACUGUCGCUUUCCCGACGAAAACAUUCUUGAUGUGCAUCGCUACUAUAGCUACAGUGCGUGCACUGUGCAGUGCCGCAAGGAUCGGCAAAUUGAACUCUGCAAUUGCUCCAGUCACUUGUCACCCAAUUCGCCCGAUUGGCAGCUGUGCAAUAUGGAUGGCUUGGAGUGCUUAAAUCGCAACUAUGAGGAUCUGUCGGUGAUUAUUGCGAAAUGGUCGCGACGUCGUGGACGCAAAGGACUCGUAUGCGAUUGUUUGCCGUCAUGUACAGAAGUGGAUAUCACCACAGUACACGAUAGCAAGGAUAAUAUCUAUGGGCAUCAGAGUCCAGUAUCUAGGAUUGAAGUGGGACUUCUUGAGUUGCCCACAGAGCGUUAUAAGCGCAAUCUAGUGAGAGGCAAACUGGAUUUAGUGGUGUCCAUUGGCGGUACAACAGGUCUGUUUGUGGGUGCCAGUCUGCUGAGCUUCGUGGAGAUUAUUUACUAUGCCACAAUACGUCCCUAUACCACCUAUGUGAAUGAGAAGCGACGACAGCAGCGACUCAAUUUGCUGCGAACCGUGCACUGAGAAUGCAUAUUCUCUUUA